AUGAUUCAACCACAUCAAACUGAACAUCAUGAUAACCAGAAACUUUCUUACAAAUCGUCUCAAUCAAAUGAUUAUCAAGUUUCAAAGUCAAUAGAAAGUAGUAAUAAUGAGCAGGUGACGUAUGUAAGUAUUGAUCAAACGAGCAAAAAGUCGUCUGGAAGAUCAUGGGCAAGAAGUAAACGCAUUUCACUUGGAUGUUUUGAAUGGCAUUCACGCGGACCAUUUCGUCAAACUGACAUAGGAUCGUCUAAUCAUUUAAAUUCUAUCAAUCCUACCGGUUCACAUCAUUGCACUGUACACAAUGAAGAAGACUUCACAUACACAUAUCAAGAACCAUCGAAAGGAAGGCUUAAAUCUGGUGCUGAUAGUCUGUUACAACGUCUACGUAAACGUUCUUUUUCGAGGGAUAAGCAUAAACGUGAUAAUAAAACACAAUAUUGUCGAUCUUCUUCAGCUCCUCGAUCUGUAUACUCAUACCAAAGCUCUGCAGAAUUUGAAAUCAACCAUAUUGAUAAGUAUUCAUUAACACAGAUUAAUAAAUAUAAUAAUUUGUUCGUUCCAAAUUUGAUUCCACAAAUUUCUUUAUCAAGAAGUGUUCCUGAAUUACAAGACCGUAGUUAUGUUCCAUCAGGUUAUUUGGACAAUGGUAUGUCAUAUCAAUGUAAUGUAAUUCCAUCCGAAUUGUAUCCCGAAUCAUCAUCCUAUUUAACAUCAUGUUCUUCAAUGAAAUCAUCUUUUCCUAUUAACAAUGAUAAGAUAAAUGCUAUUGCUACUACUACUGGUAAUAUUAACAAUAAUCUAAUGGAAUUAUCGAACAUUGACAAUUCAUCAUAUACUCUUCCAAUAAAAGAUAAAACUCCAAUUAAUCAUGAAUUAUAUCUUCAAUCAAAUUAUCAAGCAUCUGUCAAUGCUAAUAUAUUACAUGGUAAUUUUGCUAAUUCGUGUACAACAUCGUCAACACCUGCCAUUAUGACAGAUUCAUCUUGUUUGGAGUCUAACUCUGAAUGUGUGGAUAUUCCAAAUGCAAUGAAAUAUUCCGACUCAUUUGUGUUAUUGGACAAGAGACAGCAGUAUCAACCUUUGUAUAAUCCUUUCACCUCUUCUAUACAUUCAGAAGUUUGUUCCAAAUGCUGUUUUACAUAUUAUAAUAAUAAUGAUAGUAAUAAUAAUAAUCAGAGUACUGUGACUUCCAAUAGUCCAAGUCUACUCGUCAAUUCCUUUAGUUCUUGUGAAAUGAAGCAUUCACCAGGACGCAAAUCUAAUAACUCUCUUAAUGAACAGAUUUCUUAUCCAAAUAUGGUUCAAGUCAAUGGAGACUUUACCACUGGUAAUAAUAAUAAUCAGUUAAUUACUUUGGACGCACCACCAACACCAAGUCAUCCAAAUAUUCCAAUUGAUCAUAUAUCGAAUAAUAGUAAUAUUGUUGAUCUUGGCCAAACACAAAAUAAUUCAUCUUGUAAUUCACUUCGACCAGAUUCUCUUCUUUCCACGUCAACAACUACAACAACAACAACAAGGGAAUCAUCUUGUUCUGACUUAUCACCGAAUUCCAUGUCUUCACAUGAUUCAGCUUUAGGUGGAGGCAAGUUCCAAUCUGACUCUGGACCUCUAAAAACUGUUUGUCCGAAUACAAUCACAACGUCAUCAACUACAAAUUGUAUGAAAAAUAUUGAUCAGUUGAACUACAUGAAAUCACCUGAUAUGUCUACAUGUAUAAAUAAUAACAACAGACAUUUGAAUCCUAAGGAUUUAUAUCCUAUUCCACCACUGUGUGUACCUCCUUCUGGAAAUUACUGCUGUUCUCAUACACCACCUACUCCAGUUAGACGACCAUGGUUAGGCGAUAACUCAGAACAAAUAGCCACUGGAAGAAGUCGAUCUGGAGGACAAAAACGUUCAGUUUAUGUAAAUGCAUCAAUAUAUCCAAUUCCUGAGAUGAUACGUAAUAAUGACAGUGGUGGAAAUAAUUUUGGUGGUUAUGCAAGAGAUCGACAAAAUUCUACUGACACUGUUACCACAUCCACAAGUUCGAAUCCCGUAAAUGCAUCCACAACAGAAAUUAUCACUACUGUUAGUACUCAUAACAAUGACAAAACUAUGCAAAGUAAUGCAUCUAGUGUACCGAUCCCCUAUUGGACACAUUUAUUACCGUAUCGCACAUCAACUGUACCUCAAAAUUUAUCUGGUCGCUUGAGAAAAUCAGAAACACUUCCAAAUGAUUGGAUAAAUCAUGAGUCGAAUAAAAUUAUAGAUCACGCAAUCCAUUCUAUACCAAAGUCUACAUCAUAUCAACUGAAUACAUUGAAUCAAAAUCAUAACUCACAAUGUUUAAAUCAUUCUGAUGAGUGUAAAUCACGCUCAUAUGUUAAUUAUACUCCUAAUCAUAAUUUUAUAGAUAAUACUAAAAACAUCAAUCGUAGAGAAGCUAAAUCACCACCUCCAAGACCUCCAAUGAGAACUAGUUCACAUGCUGCACCACGCCAGAAUAUUGUCUCAUCAUCAGUAUCUCCAUAUUGCCAUCAUCAUCAUUGUCAGAGACAUUUUGCUUUAGGAUUACUAGAUAAAUCUACUAAAGCCAACAGAGAUGAACAGUACAGUAAUACUAAUAAUAUACCGACGGAAAAUUCGAAUGACAAGAGUAUCAGUGAAAGUCCUAUACUUUGUCGAUACUCACAACUUUAUUCUUUGAAAACCGAAGCUAAAAACAGUAACAAUAAUAGUAGUAAUAAUAAUAAUAACAAUAAUAAUAAUAAUAAUGGCAAUGAUAAUAAUAAUCCCAUUAAUUAUAAUUCUUAUUCUCAAUAUACAGCAAUAAACAACAUGACUAGUUCUGCUAUUCAUGCUUCAAAUAAUAAAACAAAUACCCCAUCUCUUCAUCCUCAUCGGUAUGUUCACUAUGAACAACAUCAACAACAACAGUCUUCUACUCAUCAUCAUCAUCAACACCAUCCUCUUCCUGCCCAAUAUCAACAAUGUCAAUCGAAUCCUUCAAAUCAUCGAAGUAAUUAUAAACAAUUAGUUGACUUUGAUAUGAAAAACAUAAGGAAGUAA